GGUUCUGUUUGUUCAUUAUGAUUAUGCCAAUCAUUACGGGUUUGGUUUGUUUGUUGUUUGUUGAGUGACUUUUCAAAAUAACCUAGCUUUUUGUUGUAGAUUGGAAUAAGAUUUAACUUUCGUUAUUUCGGGCCAUUUAAAGAACUAUUACUUUAAUUGGAUUCACUAACAUGGCUGAGCUGCGAUUUGAUGGGAGAGUAGUAGUUGUAACUGGAGCUGGUGCAGGUCUUGGAAAAGCCUAUGCUUUGUUGUUCGCGUCAAGAGGAGCCGCUGUGGUGGUGAAUGACCUUGGUGGGGGAAGACAUGGAGAUGGUAAAAGCUGUAAUGCUGCAGAUGCUGUGGUGCAGGAGAUAAGGUCAAAAGGUGGCAAGGCUGUACCUGACUAUAGCUCUGUGACGGAGGGAGAGAAAAUAAUAGAAACUGCAUUGGAUAACUUUGGAAGAGUGGAUGUUUUAGUUAAUAAUGCUGGGAUUUUGAGGGAUAAGUCAUUUGCUCGUAUUAGUGACACAGAUUGGAAUUUGAUUCAUGAUGUCCACCUGAAAGGUUCUUUCAAAACAACUCAAGCAGCAUGGCCUCAUUUUCAAAAGCAAAAUUAUGGACGUGUCAUCAUGACUUCGUCCAACUCUGGCCUUUAUGGAAAUUUUGGACAGGCAAAUUACAGUGCUGCAAAGAUGGGGCUUGUGGGUCUAGCAAACACCUUAGCAAUUGAAGGACGUAAAAAAAACAUCCACUGUAAUGUCAUUGUACCAACAGCUGCAUCACGGCUGACCGAGGAUAUUCUGCCUCCAGAUUUCUUUGCCGAGUUGAGGCCAGAGCUGAUUGCCCCAGUGGUGGUGUGGAUGUGUCACGAGGCAUGUGAGGAUAAUGGAGCUGUCAUCGAGUCUGCUGCAGGCUGGGCAGCCAAAUGUCAGCUGGUGCGAGGAGAAGGCAGUCCUCUGAGAUUGCGUCUGUCUGACGCUGUGACACCAGAAGCUGUCCAGAACAACUGGGGCAGGGUCACAGACAUGAGCAAGGCGGUAGCUCUCAGCUCUAUCCAGGAAGCAACAGGUGGUCUGAUGGGAACCUUAGAACAGAUGAAAGAAAAUGAAAAAUCACCUUCCCCAGACAAGGUUGAUGAAUCAACAUAUGUUGUUACGAACAACACUUGCAUUCUGUAUGCAUUAGGUGUUGGCACAGAUGUGAGAGAAAGUUCAAACUUAAAAUUCUUAUAUGAAAACCAUGAAGAUUUCAGUGCUCUUCCUUCAUACGCAUGCAUCCCCAGUCAGAUAGCCGUAAUGUCUGCAGAUUUAGGAUCAGACAUCAUUCCUGGAAAAUCAGUUGAUUUAUCAAGGGUGCUGCAUGGAGAACAGUAUGUGGAGUUAUUCAAGCCAAUGCCAACCAGUGGAACACUUACCUCUCGAGUUUCCAUUGCUGAUGUUCUGGACAAGGGGAAGGGUGCGGUAAUACUCUAUGAUGUGGAUACAUUUGAUGAAAGUGGAGACAAGGUGGCGUAUACUCAGUUAGCUGGUUUUAUUGUGGGUGCUGGAGGCUUUGGUGGGAAAAGAGAUUCUCCUAAAGCUGUGUGUACUGUUGAUCAUCCACGCAGAAACCCAGACAUCAGUGUCAAACAGAAAGUUGACCAUAAUCAGGCUGCUCUGUACCGGUUAUCUGGAGACCUCAACCCUCUUCACAUUGACCCCAGCUUUGCUCAGAUCUCAGGUUUUCAACAGCCGAUCCUUCACGGAUUGUGUUCACUUGGCUUCUCCUUGAGAUUGGUUCUAUUUGUCUAUGGGGAAAACAACCCUUCACUCUGCAAGGCUUUCAAAGCUCGCUUUGUAAAGCCAGUGUUGCCUGGUCAGACAUUAAAAGUUGACAUGUGGAGAGAAGGCAACAGAGUGCACUUUGAGACUUUGGUCGUUGAAUCUGGCAACGUUGUCAUAUCAGGUGCUUACAUGGACUUGGCUCAGAUGUGCAAGGUUGUUGUCCCUCAUCCGGUUUCAGCCAGUGGGCUCAUGAGUGAACAGGUCUUCUCUGCCAUGAAAGAGCGUAUUGACGCAGAUGUGGAAAAGGCUAAAGCUGUUAAUGGUGUUUUCUUGUGGAACAUCACCAACAAUGGAAAAGUUGAAGGCCUUUGGACUCUCGACUUGAAGAAAGGUACUGUCUACAAGGGCAAUCCAGAGGAAGGAACUGUAGUAGACACAACAUUGACUAUUGAUGACAAGGACAUGAUGGAUAUGGCUGUAGGUAAACUUGAUCCAAGAUCUGCAUUCAUGAAAGGAAAGCUGAAGAUUAAAGGGAAAAUCAUGCUGACACUAAAGUUAAAAUCUCUAAUAUCAGCAGAAGCCAAACUUUAAAUGUUAUGUUUAUAGAAAGUGGUGUUGGUCAUGACAUUUCAUUUCCACUGUUGAGCCUUGUUUCACUUAUUCCUCAGGGUAGGUUAGUUAAAAUAUUGUGCUAUUUGUAUUCAUAGAAGUAUCAGUGUUAAAGUUACAGUACUUUUUAUAAUUUCAUAUGAAGCAAAGCAUAUUAAAAUUGUCUUCUAUUUUUAAUACAUAAUGGCUCAUUCAAAUUUGGUUUUUUAGACAGUCUAAAUAAAAUUUUAAGAUUUUAUGGUUUUAGUGUAUAUUAAUUUGUAUGUCUUCAACUCAUUUACUCAGAUUCAUCUUUGUUAAUAUAAGACUGAAAAAUUAUUAAAUGUAGAUUUAGCACUCAUAUCUCAUACAGUUAAUUCCAUGUGUUUAACUAAGGUUUCCAUGUUAUAUAUAUAUACGUAGUUAUAUAAAUUGGGAAUGACUAAGAUGAUCAUACAAUAUUUUUAUUAAUAGUAACCAAUUGGUAAUGAUAAGGUUUUACUAGAAAUAUGUUUUUCCUCAUGUUAGAAUAAUUAAAAUUUGUAAAGCAUUACAUUUAUAUUUUGUAACUAAAGGUUCAUUUUGUAUUACUAGCCUAGUCUGCAUUUGUUGUAUUUGAUGUUUUAUAUGAAAAUACAUUUUAUAUUGUUAGCA